CAAUAAUCCUUUAACGAAUGAGUGACGCUUCAAAUAAUGUUUUUUAAAUUUGUUGAGUGAGGUUUUGAAUCUACAAUAGGUCUCUUUACAUAAAUAACCUAUUUUCUGAGAAAACUAGAUACGUCAAAGGAAUUAUGUUGAAAACUCAAGAAAAAAUGAUUGCAAGGGUCGUCUUGAAAAAUCUGUACUCGAUCAAGCACACUGAAUAAAUUGAACUGACAAGUCUUACUGCAAUCGAUCCAAAAUAAUACUUUAGAUAAAUAUUUUAUCCACAAAUGGAGGAUAAAUAUAUACCAAUAUUUGUUCUGACAGGCAUUUUUGGAGCAAUAUUUGCUUUCGGACCAUUUUUGGUACAGAAAGGUCCUAAUAGAGGGAUCAUUAGAGCUUGCAUUAUGAUGUCAGCGUUUAGCAUUUGGAUUUUCUGGGUAACCGCCUAUAUUGCCCAAAUGAAUCCUUUGGCUGGACCUCGCCUACACAAUACCACAUUAGCAUGGAUACAAUAUGCAUUUGGUAAUACAGUCGCUGGUAUUGACCUAAGGGUGGUGAAAAUGCCUGAUGUUAGUGAUGGGAUUGAGCCAGGUGAAGGGUCUAAUUUUGGCCCCAAAUUCGGACCAGACUCUAGACCAGAUUUUGGACAAGAAAAUGGAUCAGGCUUUGGACCAGAUGGUAGACCAGGCAAUGGACCAGGUUUGGGAUCAAAUAGUGGUCCAGGAUUUGGACCAGAUAGUGGAUCGGGUUUGCGACCUGAUGAUAGACCAGGGCUAAGACCUGAUGGUAGUCCAGGAACUGGACCAGGUUUAGGUCAAAGUAAUAGACCAGAAGAUAAACCAGGACAAGAACCAGAUGGAAGUCCUGGCCCAAUUGGCCCAGGUUUAGGGCAAGGUAAUAAGCCGGAUGGCGGACCAGAUAAUAGACCAGAGCAAGAACCAGAUAAGAGACCUGGAAUUGGCCCAGGUUUAGGACAAGGAAAUGGGCCGGACAAACUACCAGGUUUUGGUCCUGAUGGCAGGCCGGAUUAUGGGCCAGAUAGUGGAUCAAAAUUUGGACCUGGUGAUGGUGAUGGUGGGUCAGGAAUUGGACCAGGCAAUGACCCAGAUGGAAAGCCAGGUUUUGGGCCAGAUGGUGGACCGGACGAUAGACCUGGCUUAGGACAAGAUGGUGGUUCAGGAUUUCGACCAGAUAAAGGACCGGGGUUAGGACCAGAUGGAAGACCAGAAUUUGGUCCAGGUGAAGGACCAGGUGAUGGACCAGAUUAUGUUCCUGGUGUUGAACCAGAGAGUAGACCAGGUGGAGUGGGUAAAGACCCAGAUAAUAAACCAGGCGGAGAAGGUUUGGCCCCGGAUUAUCUUUAUCCCACGGAUAUACCUGAUGAACCUCCGGAUGAAAUACCAGACGAUAUGAUAAAAGAUUAAGACUAUGACAGGAUGUUUAGUUGUACAUAGUACAAGAAGAUGGUUAAACAUGGUUAAAUACACAAAUGGGUAGGUAAUAAGGUAGAUAUACAUAAUCGGCUAUCAAUCAUCAGAAUCAAGCAGGAUUAUCAUAUUCUACACCUGCGCUUUGGAAGCGGAAGUAAAUAUAAUAAUUAUACUUAAGUUAUGUUGACGUCAAUAAGCGAUACCUUGUUUCCUAUUUUAAAAAUAAAUCUAUUUCUAAAGCAGUCAUUGUUUCAUCCUCAGGUUGCAUACCUACACAGAAAGAAGAGGUUUUAUUUUUCUCCGUGGUAGGUAUCUUUACUGGAGCGGAAUACGGGAUCAUUAUUGAUUAAGUUUAGUAUAAUUCCACUUACAAUUUAUUAUCUUAAAUCUAACUAAAGUUGUUAACAUUACUACUUAAUAAAAGGUAUAAUUAUUUAAGAUGAAUUUUCUUUCCUCAGUUACAAUGUAUUAAAAUUGCUAAUGUACGAGUCCGUCAGAUGUCAGAAAUCAUAGGAAAUGAAGCAAGAGUGGCGAAUUUAUUAUUUUAUACAAAAGUGCAAUUAUAAUGUAUCUUAUUUCUGUAGGAACUCCAGAAAUUUGGAUUACUACGUUAAGCACAUUAACUAGAUCUCUGUUUGCAACCACAGAAUUAUUUUUAUACUAUUUUAUACCUGUCCGAAAAGUUUUUUUUUUGUUUAAAUAAAUACUCGUAAUUUAA